UGCAAAACUUGGAGCAGAUUCAACCUCGCCUUCGUGAGAUAUCGCGUUCAUCUAACAGACAAACAAACAGACUUCAACAUACUUACCGAUCUUAAGAUCGAUAAGUAAUGACAACGUUGCGUUUGAGUGAAAGGUGAAAUUCCGCAUCACAUUUUUUCCAAACGGGGGUUACGACAAGAAUAGGUUCCAAGUGACGUCCUUAGCGCGUGGCGGUGUGGCUCAUCGUGCUAAGCGUUAGGAAUACGCUCGCCACCGCAAUUCUCAUUACACUGCAUGGGUUCGCAAGUUCGAAUCCCACGCAGGAAUUAUUAUGUGCGAGAGGAUUGCUAGACUCCUUUCCGCCAUUGGGUGGAUUAUGUAACCCCUGGUCGGUUACGGCUUUCUGCACCACCAAGUCCAUGCUUCCGAAAACAAAUAAACUCACUAAUCCCAUACCCGACAUGGAAUGGUAGCCGGACGAGUGGCCGUGGUCCGCCAUAUGGUUAAGCCGUCUUAUCGGCUUUGCUCUUUCCUUCUUAUUCUAUCCUAGCAUUGAAGAUAGAGCAUUACUUGCACAUAUCUAGCAAUCCUUACGUAGUUUCCUGUUGAAGCGCACAUAUUGCUGUCUAGACAUGCCGAUAGCAACAAUUAAUGUUUACUGGGUCAUUACAGUCUCACAGAGAACUUCACAUCCACCCAGGUGCAAAACAUGAGAAGCCGGUUCCAAAAUUCCCAUAGCAGCGUGCGAGUGAUUGAUCAUUUUGCGCAACGGAUGCAAGACUAAUUUUAAACUUUUUCAUUACAAUCAUACACAAACAGAUGUUAAAGUGCGAAGAAAUUGAAUAAUUUGCUCUAUUUCUAUACAAAAAAAUUGGUGGGUUCUGUUUUUGGGGUCACCCUGUAGGAUUCAACAAUACAUACAUACGGUAUAUUCAUUGAUACGACCAAGAUAAUUCAUAUUGCCAUUGAGGAAUGCGUGCAUUUAUGGCAAAGUAGAAAAAUAAAAACAGUAAAACUUGAACGAAAGCGCAAAUUUGGCGAGUCAUGUCCACGUGCUGUGUUUCAAAAUGUAACGCGACAGGCCUUGGGAAACCGCAACAGUUAUGGUUCCGCAAAAUAAGCCAGAGUAAAAUAGCGUGAACGUGCUUGUCUCGAAAAGCGCGUUAGUACUGUGUUGGAUAGAAAAGUUUUUUUCAAACUUAACAAGCGUUGUGUGCUCAUUGUUGUGCACGCGAUAACAGGCAUUUCGAAAUAAUGUCAGUGGUGCAAUGGACGAUAAAACUGACGAUGUUGAUGGCUUGUUUUGCAAGUGGUGAAAAAGAAUCAUAUGGCGACAAUUUUAGGAUAGAAUGUGUUCCUAAUGCAUCAACAUUUACAACCUCCAGGAAUGCUUUCAGUCAAAUUUAUGAAAUUUUGAAUCUGGAAGAAGAUAGUCAUUAUAAAAACAGUGCAACAACAUUGUGCAGUGUACAAAGAAAUUUUGUUUUGACUGAAUGGGUCAUCAAUGGUGAACCACCUAGUUCUUUGUUCAUUGAAACUGGAACAAAUAUUAUUUCUCAGUUGCAUGAUUUAACCAUAAUAUGUUCAGCAUCUGACAUUAUCGAAGGAAAUCGGCAACAAACAAUCAAAGCUGGGUUUUAUCGCAAUGUUACAAGUGCUUUCACAUACCAAUGCCAAGAUCGCUUUCAUAUUAUACUAACAGAUCUGAGAAUGCUUGAACGUGCCUCUUCCAAACAAGUGAAAGCAGUGAGACGACCCAAUGACAAAUGCGUAACUUAUGGAAAUAAGAGUAAAGGAACGACCCCUGAAUGGCGGAAAUCAGAUUGUGGCAUUGGAGACACAUAUAGACUCAUGUUCAAUGAAUCUGGUGAUUUUGGAUGUUUUCAAUGCUGUGAGAAUCACUACUGGUCAUGCGAACACAAGGAAUGCGAAGCAUGUGGGCCAUGCAGUCAAAGAAAAGAGAGAAAUGUUUGGACAAACUGUAUUCCAAUAGACGAAUGUGACAUUGUCAGGUCAACAACUCAAUCAAUCCAAGCAACAUCUAAAUCAACAACAUCAUCCAUUAUAACAAUGUCAACUAAAACAUCUACGACUGCCUACACUGCAAGCAGAACACACGAUACCCAAUCUAUGCCAAUUACCACAGCAGCAGGAUCAAACUACACCAAGUUCAUCUCCAAAUCAUGGAAUAUGCAUUGGGGUUGGAAUUGGGGUCUCAGUCCUCAUUCUAAUAAUAUUGGCUGUUGUUUGAAUAAUAAGGAGCCUGAUGAAACGUCAGAGUAACCGACGAUCGGGUGCAUCACCUGGACAGAACCGACGAUCGGGUGCAUCACGUGCACAGCUCUUACAGAGUAUUGAUGAUCCGAAUCUUUGACCAAAGUAUCCUGAUUGGACAUGUUUCCGCAGAAGCUUUAGGAAUUUUAACACUAUUAGCAGGGUCGAUUUUACCAUAUUAGCUAGUGAUAUAUUCGAAAUCGCACCGUGUUGAAAUUUUCUAAAAAGAACUUUUAGGGUAUUUUAUAAUCAUAAUUUUGACAAAUUGCUAUCAGUGAUAUGUGUCGCAUUACACAUUGAUGAAGGCAUCAGAAAAUGACACAACAACAAAAGACCUAAAUAUGUGAAUCGAGAGAAAAUUCAAGGAGAGGGUACACAAACCUAUUGUUUAAUUUGUAUUUCUAAUAUGCUUACAUCAUAUUGCAAAUUCAUAUAUAAAAUUAUACCCUGUGAUGAUCAAAUACACAAAGUGCCUUUAUAGCAUAGGCUAUUUGUUAAAAAAAUUUGCACUGCAUUUUUAAAUCAGUAUUCAUUUUAUGAAGUCGUUACUUAUGAACAACUUUCAACAUAUUUCUAUCAUUGAGCUGUCCCAUUGCAAUUAUAUUUUCCUCACCAUUGAAUCCGGGUGUCAAACUUGCAUCAUAUUGCAAAAUCAUAGUUGUUAGGGUCAUUUAUAAUCAAGCUGUACUGCACAAAUUUUGUUGAGUUAUUAGGAUGACCGUUUUUCUUCGUUAUGUUGUGAUAGUAGUAUUGUAGUAAUAGAGUAUUGUAUAUUCAUUACUAGUAAAACUCAACAUGUCGAUUUUUGUAUUUUAUAUACAUUUAUCCAUAGUUUUAAUUAACGUAUAUUCAUUUAUAGUUAAAGUAGAAUUAUAGUUACUUGCAUUGCAUGUGCCGAUAACUAAUCUUAAUGCAUAUUAUGAGCGGCGUUUACAUUAUUGAACAAAUUUUCAGUCGUUGGUCACAC